AUGACCAGUCGCAUGCCAGCUAACGGACAGAGGACCUCGUCCUCUUCCUCUGACCGAGGAAACAUGUCGCCAAACCAAAUGGGCAAGAAGCCAGCCAAUUCUAGCGAUGAAUCCAGGCCGUCUACCUCCCAGCCUCAGGUCCCAGCAAACCCUCUCCGUCCAGGAUGGACCCUAUCCAGAGACUCGUCUGUUAUUCGCGGUAUCAAUGGUGAUUUCCAUCCCGGCGCGCAAACCCCCAUGUCAGGAGUAACGCAUGCCUCCUGGCUGACAAACAACGGCAACGAAUCGAACCUAUCAUUCACCUCGUCCAUCAUGCAAGAAGAAGCCAAGCUACGCUGGGAUUCAGAUGAGGAACUCAAGAAGAUGUCCAAGGGGAUGCUGCGUCUUCAGAAAUGGAGUCUCAUCAUCGGUCUUGCUGCCAUCAACGGUGCCCUCAUCUACGUUGGAUGGAAGUACUACCAAGUGUACUGGUUCUUCCUGGUUCUUCUCAGCUCAAACACUGUUCUACAGGCGUUCAUGUGUCUGUGCAUCAUCCUCCACUGGUUCUGCACUCGUGUGUUGUGCUUCUGGUGGAGGCCUAAGGAAAAUAUCCCUGCUGAGCCCGAGAAGAUGGUUCUUCUGUUGCCUUGCUACAACGAGACAUAUCAGGAACUUACUCGUUCGCUUGAUUCUCUCAUUGCGCAGAAGCAUGUCGAUAAUCAUCCUCGUGUCAUCUUCAUCGUUGUAGACGGCAACGUGCGUGGACCAGGCAUGGAAAAGACUACCCAGGAGUACCUCCUCCAAGAUAUCCUCGAACCUGGUCCAUCUCGCACUUUUGAGAACGGCUACCGCGCUCGCGACGGCCUUUUCAUGCCUGUCAAGACACAAACUGGUUUCUACAAGGGCAUCCCAUAUGUCUUUGUCGGCAAGCGCUACAACCAGGGUAAACGCGACAGUCUUUGCUUUGCGCGUUCCCUGUUGUAUCAUUUCAAGCAGCGCUCCGAGAAUGUGGUGACCAUGUUCAACAACGAUCUUUUUGAGUACAUUGGCAAUAAUUUUAUCAACGCCGGUCUUGACGAUGUCACGUACCUGUGCGGUAUGGACGCCGACACUGUCUUUGACGAGGACUGCAUCUACGAGAUGAUCAAGGAGAUUCGCAAGAACCCCAAGCUGGUCGGAGUUUGCGGACAUGUCUGCGUUGACUUUGACGGUUCUAACUGGGGAUACUGGUCCUUGUACCAAUCUGUCGAGUAUUCUCAGACUCAAGGUCUUCGUCGUAUGUUCCAGUCACGCAUCACUGGCAAAGUCAACUGUCUCCCCGGCUGUUGUCAACUCAUCCGUGUUGAUGAAGCUACGUUCGGUGAUGCUGUCCUUCGCGAGCGAUUUGGAUACUGUCCCAAGCCCAACGAUAUCAUGACGCAGCACAUUAUGGGUAACUACUCCGAGGACAGUAUCCACGCUUCUAUCAUCUUCAGUCUUUUCCCCGGCAAGCAAACCGCCCAGGCCCUCCGUGCCAAGGCCAUGACCAUUGUGCCUCAGGACUGGAAGGUUUUCCUUUCUCAGCGAAAGCGUUGGGCUCUUGGUAGCAUCUCCAACGAAUUCGUCAUGAUUUUCCGGCCUGGUAUCAUCCUCAUUGAGCGUCUUCAGAGUCUCAUUGCUGUUAUUACCUGGGCCAUCACUCCUUUUAUCAUUGCUGCCUUUGUUGAACUCCUCAUGGUAUUUGCCAAGCGUGGUAAGGAAGUGAUGUCAGACCCCGUCUUCCUUGGUCUCAUCUGCGUUCUUUUCUUCCGUUAUUUCUAUUCCUUCUGCAUCGGCUUCUGGCUGCCACGCAACAAUCUUGAGCGUGCACAAUACUUUGCAGGCUACGUCAUGCACCUGUUCACAUCGCCUUUUAUGAACAUCAUCGUCCUUGUCUACUCUCUCUUCCACUCUGACGACUUCAAAUGGGGCAAGACCCGCGAAGUCAUCCGAGGCGACAACGAAAAAGAUGGUGACGAGACUGGUGGCCGAGGCACACACUAA